GUUCCAAGAUGGCGGCGGGGGUGGCUGGGUGGGGGGUUGAGGCGGAGGAGUUCGAGGAUGCGCCUGAUGUGGAACCGCUGGAGCCCACGCUUAGCAACAUCAUCGAGCAGCGCAGCCUUAAGUGGAUCUUCGUCGGGGGCAAGGGUGGCGUGGGCAAGACAACCUGCAGCUGCAGCCUGGCAGUCCAGCUAUCCAAGGGACGGGAGAGUGUUCUGAUCAUUUCCACAGACCCAGCCCACAACAUCUCGGAUGCUUUUGACCAGAAGUUCUCCAAGGUUCCUACCAAGGUCAAAGGCUAUGACAACCUCUUCGCUAUGGAGAUUGACCCCAGCCUUGGCGUGGCAGAGCUGCCUGACGAGUUCUUCGAGGAAGACAACAUGCUGAGCAUGGGCAAGAAGAUGAUGCAGGAAGCCAUGAGCGCCUUCCCGGGCAUCGAUGAGGCCAUGAGCUAUGCUGAGGUCAUGAGGCUGGUGAAAGGCAUGAACUUCUCGGUGGUGGUGUUUGACACGGCACCCACAGGCCACACUCUGAGGCUGCUCAACUUCCCCACCAUCGUCGAGAGGGGCCUGGGCCGCCUCAUGCAGAUCAAGAACCAGAUCAGCCCCUUCAUCUCACAGAUGUGCAACAUGCUGGGCCUGGGGGACAUGAACGCAGACCAGCUGGCCUCCAAGCUGGAGGAGACGCUGCCCGUCAUCCGCUCUGUCAGUGAGCAGUUCAAGGACCCUGAGCAGACCACCUUCAUCUGUGUGUGCAUCGCUGAGUUCCUGUCCCUGUACGAGACAGAGCGGCUGAUUCAGGAGUUGGCCAAGUGCAAGAUUGACACACACAACAUCAUUGUCAACCAGCUCGUGUUUCCUGACCCCGAGAAGCCCUGCAAGAUGUGUGAGGCCCGCCACAAGAUCCAGGCCAAGUACCUGGACCAGAUGGAGGACCUGUAUGAAGACUUCCACAUUGUGAAGCUGCCGCUGUUGCCCCACGAGGUGCGGGGGGCAGAUAAGGUCAACACUUUCUCAGCCCUCCUCCUGGAACCCUACAAGCCCCCCAGCACCCAGUAGCACCACUACCUGCCCUAACCACUGACAUUUCAUGCCCACCCUCCUACCCCACCCUAGGGCAGAGUUUGCACAACAUCCCUCCACAGUGCAGAGGGAGCCACUGGGGGGAGGGGAGGGAGGGGGGGAGGGAGCCUAUUCCCCCAGCAAAGCUGGGGGCCUGCAGCUGCCCCCUCUACUUCUCCCACCUCUUGCCCCCUUAAUAAAAUGAUCUUUAACUGC